AUGGCGUCCACGGCCCUCCCGACCGGGACCCGCCAGCGCACCGCCGAGGAGCUCAAUCGAAAAAAGCUCGACGGUGGAUUCAGAUCUAACGGCGUGGGGAUCAGGUACGAGCAACCUCGCCGCCAUGAAAUCUUCAAUCGCGAGGGCAGUCGGGAAUUUGGUCCGUCUAGGGCUGACCAGGCCUACAAUUGGGCGACCAUCGAUGCCAAGGUUUGGACAUCGGGCUCACCAAUCGAGGACGAGCAGAAGUUGGACAAAAUCGGGGUCAUUUUGAGGAACGUGCUGAAAGCGGACAAAGACAUUCGGAGCGCAAGAACCUCGGUUUCUUUGGCCGAGAUGCAUACUGAGAUGAGGCUCCACCAACUGAUGUUUGUUGACCAAGACUAUGAGAGGAGGGUUGUGGCUAGGCCUGGUUCGGGCCCGAGUGUAUAUGUUACGAAUCAUUUGGAGAAAGAUUACUCGGUCGUGAUUAUUCAGUGCCGAGACUGGAUUAAGCUGUAG